UGAUCUCAUCACUCACAGCCCACUGAUGCCGAGUCGACCCAACAAUAGCCAUCCUCAAUCCUCAAGACUUCAAGCAUACAGUGUCCACUGAUCCCAUCUGAUAGCACAAUGUGGAAUGAUGAAGAUAAUAAUCCAUAUGGCGCAUUUGAUCGCCAUACAGAGCCGGUGAAUGUUCCAUUCCAUGCGCCAGAGAUGUCUCCCACAUACAAUGAGCCUGCUUCCCCGCAAUCCCCUGCCCAUGUUCCAGAGUAUACAGUUAGACCACAUACACCAAGCGACGACGAUGAAGAGCACGAACAGGCAACCCCAGAGAGCUACGCGGGGCACCCAACAUCACCAAGCUACUUGCGCAAAACAGGAGUCUAUGAGAGUAGAAUACAGCAAAUUCUCUACGAGAACCCCGAGCUUCCCAUUCUAAUCACGCAUGCGGGCAAAAACCAUGAAGGUGGCGGUGGCUUCAUUGUGUAUACGAUACGGACGGGAGAUCUUGAAGUCAGACGGCGAUAUUCCGAAUUUAGCUCACUCCGGGCGACCCUCGUAAACCUCCAUCCUACGCUCAUCGUUCCGCCGAUUCCGGAGAAGCAUAGUAUGGCCGAUUACGCCGCGAAACCGACUAAGGCGAAAGAAGAUGCAUCAAUCAUUGAAUUACGAAAGCGUAUGCUAGCCGUGUUCCUAAACCGUUGCAGAAGGAUGAAAGAGAUCCGAGAAGAUGGCGUCUGGUGGCGCUUCUUGGACCCGAAUGCAAGCUGGAGCGAAGUUCUUCAUUCUCACCCAGCUUCCUCAGUUCCCAAGAAUAACCUGAAAGCACCUCCACUCGACCCGGCGAAUCCGAAACCCGCGCAUAAUUGGCUCCCUGUGCCAUCUUCGUCGGCCAAGCUGAAGGCCGUCGGCGCUGGCUCAACAUCCGAAACUAACGUACCCGGGACCGUCCCGGGGUUCCUCAAUCGUUUCCCUCCUUCAUCCCGGAAUCUUAGCGAGCAUGAAUUAGAUCCAUACUUCAUGAAUUUCGAGGCAUCAACGAGAGAACUAGAACUAUUACUUCAGGGAAAUAUAGAAAAGGUCAACCGACGGACGUUAAGCCACUUAUCAUCACUUGCUACAGAUUUGAUGGAAUUAGGCGCACGAUUCAACGGGUUCUCUCUCUCAGAGCCAUCCCAGACCGUGGCUGCAGCUAUUGAACGCGUUGGGCAAGCAGCAGACAAUUCAUACAUCGAGACAGAGGAGCUCUCUAACGCACUAAAUGCGACGUUUGCAGAACCGAUGCGAGAAAGCGCGCAGUUCGCCGGAGUUGUUCGCAGCGUCCUUAGGUAUCGUGUGCUGAAGAGAAUACAAGAAGAGAUGACAAGGGACGAACUGAGCAAGAAAAAGGCACUUCUCGAUUCUCUCGAGCGGAGUGAGUUAGAAGCCAAAAGAAUCGAACAAUACCUAAAUAAAACAACUCCACAAGCGACCAAGCCAAAACGAUCGCUGUCGGAUUCAUCUGCCGUGGGCAAUGUUGAGCAAGGCGCUGAGGGUGGGAGACCAAGCAUGGAAGAUACGGCAUCCAUUGAUUCUGACUUCCCAACCACGCACGGCGAGAGUCCACGUCCCUCCGCGUCACAAGGCCUUCCACAUCGCGCAGCCGAUCAAUUGCCUCCCACUCCAAGCCAUAAACACUCGAUGAGUGGGUCCUUCAUGGCUAAUAAGAUCUUCGGACGUAUCAGUCAUGCUGUGCAUGGGUUUGUCGACGUUGAUCCGGAGCGAACGCGACGAGACCAAAUUGGAAAAACAAAGGAGAGUCUAAUUCAGCUGGAGAAAGCGCUUGAAGUAUCAGAGCAGGAUGUUAAAGAUGCAAGUGCUGGAGUGUUAGAGGAUCUAAAGCGAUUCCAGAAGGAGAAAGAAGAUGAUUUAAAACGGUACAUGGUGGCCUACGCCCGAUGUCACCUUGAUUGGGCCCGCAAGAACCUGGAAACAUGGACAGAGGCCAAAGAUGAAGUUGAUAAGAUCAUUGUUCGUUGAGAGGACUCGCGUCCUGUGGCAUUGGCUAGUUAUUGUUAUGGAGUGUUGGCGCCUGGGUGUGAUUCACAGUUAUCUGAAUGGAAUUCAUUGCUUGCGUACUCCGUACUUUUUGAUGCAAAGCUGUUUAGCCGAAAUUUGUAACC